AAGCCCAAUUCUGUUUUAUUCGAAAAGCCCAUCAUCUCUGCAGGUCCAUCAAAGCACUGCCAUUGUGUAUCAGAAUCACCAAAUCGCGAACUCAGGUCGCCGGAAAACGCAGUGGUCGUCGUAGCAAGAAGGAAGCGCCACCGAUAAACAUUAAGAAGAUGCCUCUGGGGCUAAUUUUAGGAAUUGGGAGGGCAUAUCGAUUGAAGCGAGCAUCAACACUUGAUAUUUUAUCACCAAAACGUGCUCCUCGAGGUUUUUACAAGGGAAAGAACUGCAAGCCCACUGGUUUCUUCACUCGCAAAGGUGGGUAUGUGGUGGUGAAGGAAAAGUUACCAAACUAUGUAGUUCCUGAUUUGACUGGUUUUAAGCUCAAACCAUACGUAUCCCAAUGUCCCAUAGAAGCAAAGACCUCCGACGAGGCUUCUCAAACGGCUUAAUGACCAAAUUCAGUAGUUUAGUACUUCGUUAGCUGCAAAUCUUUUCUCCAUGAAUAAUUUGACUGAGACAUCUAAUACUGUGGAUAUAAACUUAUCAAUUCCGUAUAAGUAACAUGAUGAAUGAUUUGGAGUAUUCUAAUGUUAGUUUUCAAUGAUUUAUGUUUGGAGUGGAUGGAAGGGAAUGGUAAAAUGAUAUAAAGUCAAGUUAUGAGUUUUGUCAAUUA